AUGAUAGAAGACGGUGCGCGAAGGGCUUACAAACGGGAUCCCGCUCACAGGAUUUUCGUAAAUCGUAACCUUCGGAUGGAGAAGAUCCGAUUUUUCGGUUUCGAUAUGGAUUAUACGUUGGCGGUGUACAGAUCACCAGAUCUGGAAAUUGUAACAUUUGAUAUGGUAGUAGAGCGUAUGAUAAGUCUAGGAUAUCCAGAAGAAUUGCGGUCAUUCAAAUACAAGGCUUUGUUUCCUGUACGAGGCCUUUGGUUCGACCACGUUUAUGGGAAUUUGUUGAAAGUGGAUGGUUUUGGGAACAUUCUUGUUGGUGUACAUGGCUUUCAUUACAUGAAACCUUCUGAAAUUGAAGAGCUCUAUCCGAAUAAAUUUUUGCAUCUCUCCGAAAGUCGAAUCUAUGUACUGAACACGUUGUUCAACCUUCCUGAAACUUAUUUGGUUGCAUGCAUCAUCGAUUUUUUCGACAACAGUUACAAUUACGCACCCACUGAAGAUCGUACAGGAAUAAAAAGUGGUGAUGUUUAUAUGUCGUAUCGUUCUAUAUUCCAAGAUAUACGUAGUUCGGUCGAUUGGGUGCAUUUCGAGAGCAAUAUGAAACAAAUUAUAUUGGAUAAUAAAGAAAAAUACAUUAUCAAAGAUGAGCGUUUGAAACAGUUGCUCUUGCAAAUUCGUGAAAGUGGGAAACAGUCCUUUCUUCUUACGAACAGUGACUACUCUUAUACAAAUGGAGUAAUGGAAUAUUUAUUAGGAAUGAAUUGGACUUCAUAUUUUAAUAUCACCAUUGUUGAUGCUAAGAAGCCGAAAUGGUUUGCUGAAGGUACGGUAUUCCGUCAGGUAAACACAAAAACAGGUGCUCUCAAAAUUGGUACUCAUGUGGGUCCACUUGAACAGGGCCAAGUUUACGCAGGAGGUUCAUGUGAUGCAUUCAGAAGAUUGGUGAAAGCUCGCGGUAAAGAUGUUUUGUAUAUAGGAGAUCAUAUUUUCGGUGAUGUUUUAAGAUCAAAGAAAGCUAGGGGAUGGCGGACUUUUCUUGUCGUUCCCGAAUUAGCUCAUGAACUAACGGUGUGGACGGAACGCAAGCCGCUGUUUGAAAAGCUGACACUGUUGGAUUCGGAACUAGCGGAUGUAUAUAAAAAUUUAGAUAGUAAUUCGAAGGAAAAACCAUCAAUUGUACACAUUGUUGAUGCAAUAACGUUGCUUACACACGAAAUGGAUAACGAGUAUGGUAUGUUAGGUUCCGUUUUUCGCAGUGGUUCUCGGACUACUUUUUUUGCUUCACAAGUUGAACGAUAUGCUGAUUUAUAUGCAUCAAGUUGUUGUAAUUUAGUUCAUUAUCCACUUUUUUAUUUCUUCCGCGCACCAAUGACGCUAAUGCCUCAUGAAUCCACUGUUGACCAUGCAUCUGUCUUGACGUCAAAUCAUGUUAUACAAAAAGUUUCCGUCGGCAGCGAAGUUCGUGUUCUUAAAAUGGAUGAAACACCGUUUUGCCAUGAAGAAGAAGAUGAUGAAGCUUCAAAUAGUGAUGUGGAAUUGGAUGUUGGAAAAAUGGAUAGUUUAAGCGAGGAAUUAACAGGUCAGCAGUUGAAUAGUUUGGAUGUUGUUGGUAUUCUACCCGGACAUGUAGACGAUAUAUCAGAACAAAAGUAG